AUGGAGAUGAGAUGUUGCAUUAGGCGCUUUGCUUGGCAAGCUGCGUAUUGGGAGAAGACCUUGAGAUCAGCGCAUCAACUCCGUCCUGUGGUGCCUUUGGCAAGGAGGUACUACACAUCGCAAGACAACGCAUCAGGCGUCUUCGGUGUCUUCAGGAUUUUAGCUCCAACUGCGAUUUUGGGCUACGGAUUUCCCAAAGCGUCCUUCGAUGCUGCUUUGGACCAAGCAAGAUUCGAUCUCAUUGCAGUAGAUGCUGGAUCCAUUGACCCAGGUCCUUAUUACCUAGCAUCUCGCAGCUCUUUUACAUCGCUGGAACAUGUUUUGCGAGAUCUUCAGAUCAUAGUCGAAGGUAUGGGGAAGCAAAUCCGAGCAGGACAUCCGUGCAAACUGGUGGUAGGCUCAGCUGGUGGUUGCGGCACGAACAAUCAGGUCCUGAUACUAGCAAAUGCUUUGCGGCAAAUGAUGGUGCACCACCUGCCCGAGCCAACCCUCGCUACAAUCACCAGCGAGAUUCUUGAUCUUGGCAUAUUGGAAGGCAGAUCGCUGACGCCCUUGGGACCUAUGCCCAAUGUUUCAAAAGAAACCUUGGCAGCGUCAAACUCUGUAGUCGUUGCACAAAUGGGCUUGGAACCAAUCAUGUCAGCACUUCCGCACAGUGACAUUGUACUCUGCGGACGUGCGUAUGACCCUGCCCUUUUUGCUGCUGAACCUGUGCGUAGAGGCUUCCCAGCAGCUAUCGCACUCCACGCCGCAAAAAUCCUGGAGUGUGGUGCAAUUGCCACAACGCCUGGGAGCGGCUCUGACUGUUUGGCUGCUGAGCUGUAUCCUGAUGGCGCCGCGCGGUUCUGGGCCCCCAACGAAAAGAGACGCGCCACACCUAUGAGUAUUUCUGCGCACACGCUUUAUGAGAAGAGCCAUCCUCAUUGUUUUGGACUACCUGGUGGCGUUCUGAAAACAAAGCAGUCUACCUUUACUGCCAUCAGUCCCUCUGUUGUAGAAGUCUUGGGCACCGAACUGGCACGCGUGGCUCCAGCAGUGAAGUUGGAAGGAGCUAGGAUGCUUGGACCCCAAUCAGUGAAACUCGAACUCGGAAGUCACCAAGAGAGUUCCCAAGAUGGCUUUGUUUAUGGCAUCAACGGUGUGGAGGAUCGGCCUUUGGGAGAUGGAGAAGAAGAACUUGGCAUAGUGAUCAUUGUCUCCGGUGGCAGCAUGGAUCGUAACAAAUCGCAUUUGGCGCUUCUUCGGGCGUCGCUGUUGCAUUGGGGAUUCGAAGGAAGAACCGCCACUGCUGGAAAUUUGGCAUUUCCUUUCUCUCCUUCAGACUUGCAAUGCGAAGACGGGUUUCUCACAGUCUGCGGCACACGUGAUCCAGCAUUCAUCUCUCAGUGGCCGGCCAUUCAGCAAAAUGUUCAGGACUAUGUCUCCACUUUGUCAUCUUCUGAGGGCCUUACCAUCCGUUUCAUAUCUGCCGGUCUCCAGGGUUUGCCGCGCCUGGCAGUGAUGAAAGUGUCCGACGGUUUCAAAGGCAACAAUACCAGCAGUUGGCGAUGUGAAACCAUGGCUGCCGAAUAUACUUUGCAGCAUUUGGUCGAUCUAGACGACGAACUCUUCCGACACUUGUUCACAAUCAAACUCUGGCGAGCAGAAGCUGAAGAAGUUGAACAAAUUCAGCCAACUCUGAUGAGUUGGGGUGAUGGCCCAGUCGUUUCCCUGGAGGAAGCUUACAAAGAUUGGACGAGAUCCUGCACGUCCUCGAGCUCGAGCUGCGGUCAGAAGCUGGGCAAGUUGGCUCGUGUUGUGCGUUCAAAGAAUGCUGGAAUCAAUGAAAUCACUUUUGACAUCAUUUUUGGUGACAAUGACGGUUAUCUCUUGGCAAAGCAAAGCCCCAGCCUUGACAUUGACAAAGUCGGGCCCAUGCUGGGCCGUAAUGUGCUUGGUGUGUACUGUGACGACGCCAGCCGCGCUUUGAAGAUCACUUGCGAGCGCGACAUUUUGGCAGGAAGCCCUGGUGACAAAGACGUGUACGGUGCACAGCAACACCGGCAGUCUACCUUUACUGCCAUCAGUCCCUCUGUUGUAGAAGUCUUGGGCACCGAACUGGCACGCGUGGCUCCAGCAGUGAAGUUGGAAGGAGCUAGGAUGCUUGGACCCCAAUCAGUGAAACUCGAACUCGGAAGUCACCAAGAGAGUUCCCAAGAUGGCUUUGUUUAUGGCAUCAACGGUGUGGAGGAUCGGCCUUUGGGAGAUGGAGAAGAAGAACUUGGCAUAGUGAUCAUUGUCUCCGGUGGCAGCAUGGAUCGUAACAAAUCGCAUUUGGCGCUUCUUCGGGCGUCGCUGUUGCAUUGGGGAUUCGAAGGAAGAACCGCCACUGCUGGAAAUUUGGCAUUUCCUUUCUCUCCUUCAGACUUGCAAUGCGAAGACGGGUUUCUCACAGUCUGCGGCACACGUGAUCCAGCAUUCAUCUCUCAGUGGCCGGCCAUUCAGCAAAAUGUUCAGGACUAUGUCUCCACUUUGUCAUCUUCUGAGGGCCUUACCAUCCGUUUCAUAUCUGCCGGUCUCCAGGGUUUGCCGCGCCUGGCAGUGAUGAAAGUGUCCGACAGUUUCAAAGGCAACAAUACCAGCAGUUGGCGAUGUGAAACCAUGGCUGCCGAAUAUACUUUGCAGCAUUUGGUCGAUCUAGACGACGAACUCUUCCGACACUUGUUCACAAUCAAACUCUGGCGAGCAGAAGCUGAAGAAGUUGAACAAAUUCAGCCAACUCUGAUGAGUUGGGGUGAUGGCCCAGUCGUUUCCCUGGAGGAAGCUUACAAAGAUUGGACGAGAUCCUGCACGUCCUCGAGCUCGAGCUGCGGUCAGAAGCUGGGCAAGUUGGCUCGUGUUGUGCGUUCAAAGAAUGCUGGAAUCAAUGAAAUCACUUUUGACAUCAUUUUUGGUGACAAUGACGGUUAUCUCUUGGCAAAGCAAAGCCCCAGCCUUGACAUUGACAAAGUCGGGCCCAUGCUGGGCCGUAAUGUGCUUGGUGUGUACUGUGACGACGCCAGCCGCGCUUUGAAGAUCACUUGCGAGCGCGACAUUUUGGCAGGAAGCCCUGGUGACAAAGACGUGUACGGUGCACAGCAACACCGGAAACUGUUGGAUUUGGUGCUGUAA